ACUUUCAUUUCUUCUAUUCUUUUUUAUUUAUUUUUCUUUUCUCUUUCAAUUUCUAUUGUUAAUCAAUUAAUUCUUUGUGUGUGUUAAUCUGUUUUAUUCUUAAUCUUAAUUAACCCUUUGGGGGUUUUUUAUGUUUAAUCUUAUUCUCUAUAAGUUUGUUUGGUGAAUUGUAAUAUUCAAUUUAUAGUGUAUACUGUUUGGUUUUUCCUACUCAUAUUUGUGUUGUAAAGAUGGCUGAUAUUAAUCAGAGUGUUCUGGAAGCUAUUAAUGUGGCUGAAGUGACUAAUUCACUUGAUUUAGCUGUAAAACUUGGUGUUGAUCAUCAGCGUAUUGUUGGUGUUAUUAAAAGCCUGGAAAAUGUCACUGACUUUAUUGUUACCACUCAAAUAAAUGAAAAAAAAUGGCAACCCACCGAGGAGGGUCAACAAAUUAUUUCAAAAGGUUCCCAUGAGGCUUUGGUUUGGGCUGCUACUCCAGAAGGGGAAGAUGGAAUUGAAAUGCCUCUGCUGAUGAGUAAAUUAGAGGGUAAUACAGGUAAAUUAGGACUUAACAAGGCUUUGGCUCUCAAAUGGGUGGCCUUGGUGAAAAAAGACGGGAAGCAAUUUGUGACAAGGAAGGUUAAUGAAAUUGAUGACAAGGUUAUGAUUUAUCUUCGUUCUUUCAAUCAGGGUAAAUUCAAUGAAAUUCCAGAGGCAGUAAAGCUCGAUCUUAAAAAGAGAAAAUUGAUUUCGGAGGUGGUUAUUAAAAGCUAUCAAAUAGUCAAAGGAACGCAAUUUACAUUGAAGGUUGAAAAGGCCGAGACUGAUAUAACCGCUGAGAUGAUAUUAAAAGAUACUUGGAAAGAGAAAAGAUUCAAGGAUUAUAAUUUCAAUGCCAUGGGUAUUUCUCCAGAUCGAGGACAUUUACAUCCAUUGUUAAAAGUUCGAGAACAGUUUCGUCAAAUUUUUCUUGAAAUGGGGUUCACCGAGAUGCCUACAAAUAAUUUUGUUGAAAGCUCUUUCUGGAACUUUGAUGCUCUUUUCCAACCCCAACAGCAUCCUGCUCGAGAUGCUCAUGAUACCUUCUUUAUAUCAGAUCCUCAAUUUUCCGAUGAUUUUCCUAAAGACUAUUUGGAGAAAGUGAAAACUGUCCAUUCAACUGGAGGUUUCGGAUCCCAGGGAUAUAAAUAUGAUUGGAAAAUUGAUGAGACUCGGAAAAAUUUACUUCGAACUCAUACAACUGCCGUUAGUGCUCGAAUGUUGUACAAAGCAGCUGAAAGAUAUCGUCAAAAUCCAGAGGAACCUUUCACUCCAUUGAAAUACUUCAGCAUAGAUCGUGUCUUUAGAAAUGAGACUUUGGAUGCCACUCAUUUAGCCGAAUUCCAUCAAAUCGAAGGUGUUGUAGCUGAUGUUGGAUUAAAUCUCGGUGAUUUAAUGGGAAUUCUUGAUCAAUUUUUCCAAAAAUUGGGAAUCAAAAGCCUUAAAUUUAAACCAGCUUAUAAUCCAUACACUGAACCGAGUAUGGAAAUUUUUAGUUACCAUGAAGGACUCAAGAAAUGGGUCGAAAUUGGAAACUCCGGUGUUUUUAGACCUGAAAUGCUCUUACCUAUGGGAUUACCUGAAAACGUAACAGUAAUUGCUUGGGGACUUUCACUAGAACGACCAACAAUGAUUAAAUAUAAGAUUGAUAAUAUAAGAGAUUUAGUUGGACACAAAGUUGAUCUACAAAUGGUUUAUAAUAAUCCAAUUUGUAUUAUUGACGAAAACUAAUUUGCUCAAUAUAUUUGAAUAAAUUAUUCCUCCGAAUUAAAUUCCCCAUGAAUAUAAACUAAUUAUCCAUUAAAUUAUUUUACAUAAUUUAAA